AAUACUUUGCGCCUUAAUCGUGUGUAAAUCUGUCAAUGUUUUGCGGCCUCUGAUCCAUAACCAUAAUACUAGGAUCGCUUUAGUAAUGUGAGAAUGCGAUCGAUUCUUAACAAACUAAGUAGCUUACUAAUUUGUGGGAAUUAUCAAUGGUGCUAGUGGUAUAUGUUAAAGUUGGGUGAGAAAGACGACUUUGCUAUGAAAUCCAUUGUUUUGCUUCGUCCCAGAACAUCCGAGUUAGAGUUUAGUUGUACCAGGUGAAAUUCCGAAACGUAUGUUGAUCAAAAUAGGCUGACGGAAUAAGCAGACAAAAGAUCUGCGGAAAUUUAAAUUUGUCUUUUCAGAAAGUUGUUUUUAUAGCAAGCGUUUGUAGUCCUUAGCAAAGUCGAGGUCACUCAGAAUAUAUACCUGACAUUUGUCUAAUAGUUCAAUUUGUGCUCUUUUUUCUUUGGCACACGAAAUGGUACUCUGUAUUUGGUUAAAAAGUUAUUAUUUUCAAUGACAUGAUGCAACAGUAAUCCCGAAAAAACUCUUACCUAGCAUAUUCCUUGAUGCCUCAACAUACUAAAUAGUUUCAGGCACAGCAAAAUAAAUGGGUGUCGUGUCUGUCCACAUGGUCCCUUGUUCGGGUCCGGAGGCUCUUCACUCCACAGCGGAGGCUGUCUGUCGACUCGUUGAACGGCAAGGCGGACGCCGAGAAGGCGGCUUCUGCGUAGACUGCGAAACUUUCCAGAAUGUACCCUCUGGAAGACCUCUUCAUAUUCUGCAUGACAGCGAACGUCCUGCGUCAGUGUUUUCAUUGUUAGAAUCAAGACUGUGCCUUGUCGCGGAUGCUAAUUUUGAUGCGCUGAUGAAUAAACUUAGUCCACAGCUUUACUCCACAAAAAUGGGAACAAAAGUCGAGUGUAAAGGGCCACGUUAUCAGAUUGGCGACUUCCUUGUGAAAGUUGGCACCGUGACCGUAGGAACAUCCGCCCGCGGAGUUCUUGUCGAAUGUGAAUAUCAACCUUGCGUAAUACCUGCUUCUUGUUGGGACCUCAUAAGAGAACUGAUGGAACCUAUCCUCGGUAUUUCCCUACCUCAGCCGAACCAGUAUUUGGCUCCAAGAAUGAAUGAAGUCUAUUCCCCUGUCGAUACUAUUCAACAGUAUAUGGAGCAUUUUAGCGUUCUCCGAAGAACGAAUCAAAGUGGCGCGCAAAGCAGUCAAAGCACUGGAGCUCAACCCCAGCAACAGGCCCAACAACAGCAACAAAGUGCGGGAACUCCGGGUCAACCGACCCAGCAAGCCAAUCAGGCGACCUCUAGCGUCCAGCCGCAACAACAAACUCAGCAACCACAACAACAAACAGGAACUAUAAAGACUUAAACAACACGUCUGAAGGUGACUUCUUGCUGCUACCGUGUAAACGUCGACAUUGACCGCGGAAAUCUACAAAGUUAGCUUUUGAUCCAUAAGAAACUCUAUUAAAUCCUCUUGUGGGUACGAUUCUGUUAUUAUCAUUCGUAGAACUAACCAAAUGAAAGCAACCGACAAAUUAAGUAAGCUCUCUGCAUUGCAAUGAACAAGACGGAGCGAAAAAAAGAAAUCAUCGGACGAUUUGAACUAGCGGGCUACUGCCAAAUAAUUCCAACUGUCCUUUUAGAAAUGAACGAUCAACAUAGCGAUCUGACUUCAUAGUACUCGAUCUACAAAAGAAUUGCAUUUCAGCAUUAUUCGCAUAAGGUACGCAGCCGAACAGCUGCACGCGCUAUUCUCAAAAUUAUUCUCAACGUUUUUAUAUUCCAGUAACAUGAACGCCGUAUGGGACGCCUGCGCUGUUUAAGGGUAAACGAAAAAGCUUUCAUUGGUUGACGUUCUUCCCGUACAAGCAUACAUGGCUCAAGAUUGUCAUAGAAUGCUAUCUAUAAAUAAUAUGUACAUAAUCCUCUUAUAUAUAUAAAAUUUGGUAAUGCGUCUUUACUAAUCCUCAAUAGUAUACUGUAAACGUUCCAUAGUCAAAUUUUAUCGACCUCUUCAGAAUAUUUUGGCAAAAACAGUUGAUUCUAUAGAUAUUAUUUUUUGAAUGUAUGUGGAAGUUAGGAAGCCCUGAAGACGGCAUACAACUUCAAGACCUACUAAACUUCACUCUUCGCAAAACUGGUUAAGUUAGUUGUGCAAAUUGAAGCUAUAAUAAAUGUUGCCAGUUUUGCUAAAGGGAGAUGAAGAACGAGACUUUAGGAACUGUAUUAAAUUUGCAUUUGUAGUAUUUUUAUCUAUAGGGAUCAUGGCUGUACGUGGAUACUAGCUUAGUAAUCCAAUUACUAUACGUCAGUCCCAAUACAAAGUUCCAUAGGAUAAUACGACCAAUUACAUAUGAGAUCUAAGUUUUCCUGCUUGGUAGGGUGGGUCAGAGGGAAUGUGAAUGGAAGUAUACAGAUGUAACAGUGUCAUCCUGAAUACAUGCCACUCAUGAAAGAUUACCCAA